AUGGCGGAGACCUCGGGAGCAUUCAUACUUGUGAUCAUCAGCCCGCAGCAUAUUCAAAAUGAGGAGAAAACAAGCUGCAUCAAUGUAGAAUCCAUUAUUGUUGAUGUUGUUCAGGGGCCUAUCUUGCCCGGUGUGGAUUGGCAUGAGCAAUGGAAGGCGGCUCCAGAGAGCCAAGCUAUUCUCAGAGAGUUGGAAGCCACUAAGGAAAGAUACUCUCACGAGCCUAUCCAAGCCUCCAGCUCCGAAUUCGCUAGCCCCUUGCUAAAGCAGCUGAUGGUCGUCAUUUACAGACAUACCAUUGCCCUUUGGCGAAAGCCCGAUUAUAUUUGGAACAAGGUCAUUAUUCAUAUUCUCCAAGCCCUCUUCAACGGAUUCAGCUUCUGGAAAGUCGGACACAGCCACGACGUUUUUCACUUGGAACUGCGACUUUUCUCCAUCUUUAUCUUCCUCUUCGUCGCUGGCGGUGUGAUUGUUCAGCUACAGCCACUCUUCAUGGCCAACCGGGCCAUUUUUGAGGCCCGCGAGAAGAAGUCCAAAACCUACAGCUGGGUUGCCUUUGUGACAGGUCAGAUGGUCGCUGAAAUUCCUUACCUGAUUUCCUGUGGUACGCUAUAUUUCGUCAGCUUCUAUUUCACUAAUGGAUUCUCCGUCGGCGCCAGUGUCUCCGGUCAAUUCUUUCUGGAGAUGAUCCUUUACAAAUUUCUUUACACGGCCGUCGGACAAGGAAUUGCUGUGUUCUCGUCCAACGAAAACUUCGCCUCCUUGGUCAACCCACUUGUUCUCGGUGCCAUCUUCAUCGACUUCUGCAGUGCCCUGGUGCCAUACAACAGUUUGAACGUUUUCUGGAGGUACUGGAUGUACUCUUUCGAUCCUUUUACCUAUGUUGUGCAAUCUCUGUUCACCCAGACAGUCUGGGAUGUCGAAGUCAAAUGUGCCAAGAGCGAGCUAAACAUCAUCAGCCCUCCACCGAACCAAACAUGUGGCAGCUACAUGGCAGAAUUUCUCAGCUCCCAUGCGGAUUUCAUCAACAACCCAGACGCACACCUCAGAGUCUUGAUUCCGGCUUCCUAG